AUGGCAGCAGGUGUAGAGGAGGGACACACACACAUGGAGGAGCUGGUGGACCAGGGCCUGGGGAUGGAGGAGACGGCCCACGGCCUGCUGGGGAGGCCCUCGCUGAAGGAGAACUACAACAGUGACUGCCUGCUGGCGCCUGACACUGACUUCAUGACAGAUGAUCGCAGCUCGGCAGCCAGUGGCCUGGACGUGGCCGACCGGCUGACCUACCUGGAGCAGAGGAUGCAGAUGCAGGAAGAUGAAAUCCAGUUGUUGAAGAUGGCUCUGGCUGAUGUCCUCAAGAGGCUCAACAUAUCUGAGGAGCACCAAGCAGCUGCUGCCUCUGGUGCUGUUAGGAGACCAUCAGGCGUUAAAGCCCGGCCAGUAUCUCUACUUCUGCCCUCCAGACCGCCCAUGGUGAUCUCCAGCACUGCCUCCCUGAAGAAGAGCUCCACGCUGCCCUCCAGUGUCCCAGCCAAGAACUACAGCCCAACACCGCCCAGCAGUGGUGUGAAGAGCCCCCCAGGUAGUGUGAAGGACAGUCCAUGCAAGACCGCUAAACGACUAGCCUCUGCAGCCUCCGCCUGUAAGAAACCUCCGGAAGGCAAGUCCAAGGAGGCUGCAGUAAGUGUCGGGACAAGGCGUGUGACACACUGCAAAGUGACUAUGCAGAUCUAUCUGAGCCCCCUCACAAGAAAGACUGGAUCUUCUGAGACCGCCAAAUCCCCCGCCGCUGUGCCUGCCAACAGAGGGCCCACGGCCACACCUAACAACCCUCAGGCAAGGGGGGGCAGCAAGCUAGAGGGAAAGAAGACGACCCCGUCCUUCACCUUAAACCUGCAGAAAACCACAACCAGCCAGAGCACAGCGCAGGACACAUCCAGCUACAAGAGCCCCCUCAAAUCACCCAGCCAGUACUUUCAGAUUUGUUACUGAAGGUAGAGAUAGAUUUGCUACACCUUUGUCCCUGCUACCAACCACUUGAACAGAAACUGUGAAUAAAGACUUUCUUCCAUUGUUGAUAAAAAAGAGAAUCUGAUUUUAAAAGGGGGAUGAGUGCACUUCUGACACAAUUUACCUCUUUAGUGCAUCCUGACUUUGUUGCUUUUUGGGUAUGUGUACAGCAUUUCAAAACAUUUCCAAGUUUGAGUAACUGUGGAUAGUGCUUUAUGGCAUGGCUAUUUAUUAAAAUGAUAGUACCGUUUGAGAGCUUAAAUGCAUUUUUAGCCUCCUCUGAGACCACAGCAGGCAUAGAUCCAGUUCUCACUGCUGUGUGUGUGUAAACAUUUUCUUUGUCAUUCUAUAUGGGAAUUUUGUAAAGCAAGGAUGUGUCUGUAGUUUUCGUUUGAUGUCACUGAGUCUGUCUCAUUCC